UUGAAACGUUUAUCGCUAUCCACGGGCGCACUGCUAUGCGCCACGACUUGGUGCAUUUUAUUCGACACACAUCCUCUGAUCAUUACUGCGAAGGAAGACUUUAGUUGUUCAAGCAGAUCGCUAUUGAUGGCGUUACUGUGCAUCCGGGGCGACUGGUGCCUAUAUAUCUGGCUCAUAUACUGCAAGAUCUAUUCGGCCUUUGUAUGGCUGGUGGGCAAUCACUGCCGUGGAGCUGAUAAGGGCCGCGCAGUGAUAACCGCCGGAGUCGGCGCACAGUCGUCUGGAGGCCUCCACAGAGUGCGCACGCGUCGCAAGAGAGCGCAGCAGCAUCGUGUUAAACACACAGUCGCAUUAGUGAGGAGACCGUCUUUGAGGCGAAUUGUCAUGGCACCAGGAGCAAGCACAGCGCAUACUAUGAUGGAGGACAAGGAGAAAGCGCUUCACGGAGCCUUGGCUACCGUUUCGCUUCGCUCGCGCCGCAUCAGCCAGUUCGCGCCAUUGCUUAUCGCUUUAGUUGGUUUGCCUGCGCGUGGAAAAAGCCAAUUAGCUCACCGUCUCUCUAGGCAUCUCAAUUGGAAUGGAGAGAGCACUAAAGUCUUUGAUUGCAGCGAGUAUCGUCGCAAGCACAUGGCACUUUAUGGUAGCCAUGACAUCUUCCGCGCGGAUAACCAGCAGGGUUCCGCUAUCCGUCGUCAGAGUGCGCGCGAGGCUGUCCAGGAUGCUGUCAUGUGGCUCAAGGACGGCAAUAGCGUUGCUAUUUUCGAUGGGACAAAUAUCACACGGGAGCAACGUCGCGAGCUAAAUGAGUAUUGCCUGUCCGAUAUGGGUUUCAGGAUUCUGUUCAUUGAGUGCGUUUGUGAGGAUCAGGAACUGUUGGAGAGGAAUAUUAUUGAGAUCCUUCACUAUUCCGCGGACUACAAAGCUAUGACUGAGGAAGAAGCGGUAGACGAUCUGAGAAAGAAAUUAGAGCACUACAUGCGUCAGUACGAACCCAUCGAUAGUAACUUGGAGUCCAUCAGCUUCGUUCGAGUGGAGAACAUGGGUGAGACCGUCACAGCGCACAAAGUAGCCGGACAGAAGGAAUCCGGGAUACUCGGGUAUUUGUCAGGAACGAGAGCCUUACCACAGACACUAUAUUUCUCUCGGCAUGGUGAAAGCGAAUACAACGUGCUCGGUCGUAUCGGUGGCGACGCGCCAUUGUCGGCCCGCGGGCAGUUGUACGCGCGCGCGCUCGCCGAGCACAUCAACACGCUCGCCGACCGGGAACCCCUCAGCGUCUGGACGUCGGAGCUGAGGCGCACCAAGCAGACUGCGGCUGAAAUCCGCGCCCCGAAGCGAGCCGUGAGGGCGCUCAACGAACUCGACGCUGGUAUCUGUGAAGGUCUAACAUAUGAGGAGAUGCAAGAGCGCUUCCCUCAGGAGUUUGCGUGGCGCGACCAGGAUAAACUGCGCUACCGGUACCCAUGGGGCGAGUCGUACAUCGACAUCAUGACGCGCCUUCGUCCAGUUCUAUCCGCGUUGGAGGACGAGCACAAUGUAGUCGUGGUCGGUCAUCAAGCGGUGCUACGUUGCAUGCUCGGAUAUUUCCUCGAUGCUAAACUUGACGAACUGCCAUACAUGAAUGUGCCUCUGCAUACCAUUGUAAAGCUCACAUCGUAUGGUUAUAAGUACAAGGUGGAGAUGAUAAAAUUGCCCAUCGAAUGUGUUGACACACACCGGAAACAACCCAAGAACUGCUCAAUAAACAGAAGUACCGCAGAAGCCUUAGUGACGGUGCCAUCACAUUAUGACACUUUACCGUCGAAUUUGUGGCAGAAUCCCAAUGAGGCACAACUUUAG